CUCAGCAAAUGCCACGAUGAACGGUAUUCUUCUGUUGAUAUGGCUUACACCGUCAUCACAGCCCGUCGAGUGUCGUCCAGGUGGAGCUUUCUAUUACCUUGAGAAUCCAAAUUCCCGUGGAAUCAAUAUCAGGAGCAACACAAAUCAUGAACUGCAGAAAAUUAUGAACAAAUUUAACCUUGUUGGACGUAGCUGCAGAGAUAUUCAACAGAAAUAUGGUGUCCAAGAAGAUGGUCUGUAUUACCUCACCACCUCCAGUGGGGUUGUGUACUAGACCUACUGUGACAUGACCACAGCAGGUGGUGGAUGGACACUGGUAGCCAGUGUGCACAAGAACAACAUGUAUGGGAAAUGCACUGUGGGGGACCGAUGGUCCAGCGAGCAGGGAAGCAAUCCCAACCGCCCUGAUGGAGAGGGUACAUGGGCCAACAUGAACACCUUUGGGACUGCAGAGGGUGCAACAUGUGAUGACUACAAGAAUCCUGGCUACUAUGAUAUCAUAGCACAAGAUGUGUCUGUUUGGCAUGUUCCUAACAAUAUUCCACUGCAACACUGGACCAUUGCUCCCAUCCUGCGAUACCACACAGAGACAAGCUUUCUGAAUCUCUAUGGAGGAAACCUCUACCACCUCUUCAAGCGUUACCCUGUGAGGUAUAAUAUUGGAGCGUGUGGCACCAACAAUGGACCAUCUAUUCCUGUGGUGUAUGAUUAUGGAAAUGCUGCCACUACAAGGAACUUUUAUGGCCCAAAUGUUAGAAAUGAAUUAAUUCCUGGCUACGUCACCUUCAGAGUGUUCAACAAUGAGAGGGCAGCCAUGGCCAUGUGUUCUGGAGUCAGACCCACUGGGUGCCACACUGAACAUUAUUGCAUUGGUGGAGGGGGACACUUCCCUGAAGGUGCUCCUCGUCAGUGUGGGGACUUCACAAGCUUUGACUGGGAUGGUUAUGGAACAGGAAGAGACUGGAGUGCAUCCAGAGAGAUGACUGAAGCUGCUGUGCUGCUCUUCUACCGCUGAGUUUAAGAUCACACUGAGGGUCCACAGAUGACCUGUGGCAGACGCAAUAUUAGGAAUAAACAUUUUCACUGCCAUGUGUUGGAUUUACUGCAUUAAAUACCAUCAAUGGUAAACUGGCAAAUCUUUGCUCAAUGUUAUAAAAUGUGUUUUUAUAGAGGCCUAGUGGAUAGCUGAGAAAAGCUACUUAUUACGGGCAAAAGUUAUUUUGAAAUAUCAUUGAAGGUCAAGAUUGCCAUUCCCUGUACUAUAUAUCUUUCUGUUGUGCAUUGGUAUUUUCACCUGACAUUUUACUGGUAUCUACUGCUAUGUUCAAUCUUGAGGUAUGAAUAAUAC